CUCCACAACACUAGAUGGCGGAAGAGCGCCAUGGUGACAGUGAGGCGGUUGUCAUUUUACGCACAGACGCACGAGUUUUAGUGAUUUAUUGCGGAUAUUUGAAGCUGUCUGGAAAUAUUUGCUGAACAUUUAUGCAGUCUUUCAUCAUGAAAACCUCAAAGGAAGCUGUUCAAACCGCUGCCAAGGAGUUUCUAAAUUUUGUUAAUCGUGGAGUUUCACCGUAUCAUGUGGUUGAGGAGUGCAAGACUCGGCUUUUAAAAGCUGGUUUUACCGAGCUGAAGGAAUCCGAACACUGGGAUAUCAAACCGGCAAAACUAUACUUUGUGACCCGGAACUACUCUACCAUCAUUGCCUUUGCUGUGGGUGAACUGUACAAGCCAGGCAACGGGUUCUCCAUCAUCGGAGCCCACACGGACAGCCCUUGUCUAAGAGUAAAGCCAUGCUCCAAGAAGACGAAGUCAGGCUGCCUGCAGGUAGGCGUAGAAUGCUACGGAGGAGGAAUUUGGAACACGUGGUUCGAUCGGGAUCUGACGGUUGCCGGCCGUGUUAUGGUCAAGGAUGGAGACAAGCUGGUGCAUCGUCUCGUGCAUGUCCAACGGCCUAUUUUGAGGAUCCCCCAUCUGGCCAUUCACCUGCAGAGGGAUGUCAAUGACUCGUUUGGCCCCAAUAAGGAAAACCACCUUGUGCCUUUACUGGCCACCGCCAUUAAGGAAGAGCUAGAGACAGGUGCUUCUGUCACUCCUUCUAGUGACACCUGCACUGCAGGAUCUACAGCAGAGAAACACCACUCGGCUCUGCUCCAGCUGCUCUGUGAUGAGCUGAAGGUCAAGUCUGAUGUACUGCUGGAUUUUGAGCUGUGUCUGGCAGACACCCAGCCAGCGGCACUAGGUGGUGUGUAUGAAGAGUUUAUUUUCUCUCCUCGUCUGGACAACCUUCACAGUUGCUUCUGUGCUCUGACGGCUCUGAUAGAGUCUAGUACUACUGCCUCUCUCUCAGGAGAGACAAAUAUUCGCAUGGUCACUCUGUAUGACAACGAAGAGGUAGGGUCAGAGAGUGCUCAGGGCGCCAUGUCCAACCUGACUGAGCUUAUUCUGUGUCGCCUGGCAACCAGCCAGGAAAAUCUGACUGCAUUUCAGGAAGCCAUGCCUAUCUCUUUCAUGAUCAGUGCUGACAUGGCUCAUGCUCUGCACCCAAACUACCAGGAAAAACAUGAAGAGAACCACAGACCAGUUUUCCAUAAGGGUCCGGUCCUAAAAUUUAACAGCAACCAGCGAUAUGCUACAACCGCUGUAACUGCCUCCAUCAUACGAGAAAUCGCAGGAAGGAUAAAUGUGCCUCUUCAGGAUGUGAUGGUACGGAACGACAGUCCCUGUGGAACUACCAUUGGGCCCAUCUUGGCUGCUCGGCUGGGAAUUCCAGUCUUGGACAUUGGUGCUCCUCAGCUGGCCAUGCACUCCAUCAGAGAGAUGUGCUGUACCUCCGGAGUCCUCCAAAGCACAACUCUAUUCAAGGGCUUCUUCGAGCACUUCUCCUCCGUGAGAAAGAUGGUUGUGGUGGACUAGUGUGCUGCUCUGACACCCUCCCACAACCAGACAGGUGGACAGAUGCACAUCCAAAUAAACAUCUCUCCAUCUCAUCUUAAUAAAGUGAUCAUUUAGUUCAUUGUUUUUGCUUCAUAUAUGUUUAAGGGUUUUACUCGAAAUCAAGUUCAAAUGAAGUACAUCUAUUGAAACACGGUCCUACGUUUUACUCUGAUCACAAGUUGAUAUGGAUUAGAAGAAUGAGACUGUUUUACUCACUAUAUUUCUAUCUGUUUGAUUGUAAAUUGUUUGACUGUUUUUAUUCAAGCAGAUUGUAUUUGAUAGAAAUAAUAAUAAUAAAAAAGAAUCCCAUAUAUCAA